AUGGCACACAACUAUGAUGUCGGGACACGGGCAUGGCAGCCCGAUACUACAGAAGGAUGGGUUGCCUCGGAGGUGGAGUCGAAAAACAUAGAGGGCGACAAGGUCAAGCUAGUUUUUCAACUGGCUAACGGGGAGGUAAGCUUCGCGCCCAUUCACGAAUGGCCCAUCUGGAUAUGGCUCACGCAGACGGAAACAGUCAAAAACAAUCCAAACCACCUUGGCCGCGCUCCAAGAUGA